AUGACCAGGAUGAGUCUGACCAGCCCCACCAUCGUGGCGCGGGCCCAAAAGCGGCCGAUGACCGUGGCCACCUGUGUGGCCGCCAACGGGAAGCCCCAGAGCGUCAUCAAAUGGGAAACCAGGCUGAAGGGGAACCCCACCCAGCAGACCACCCAGAACGCCAACGGGACCUCCACCAUUCGGAGCAACUACGUGCUGAUACCCAGCCGGGAAACCCACAAACAGAAGCUGACCUGCGUAGUCACGUACCGGAACGAGAAAAUCACAGACAGCGUGGUGCUCAACGUGCAGUAUGAACCGGACGUGAAGAUCGAGGGCUUUGAUGGAAACUGGUACCUGAACCGUCAGAACGUGGUGCAAAUGGACCCGGUCAAGUCCGGUUUCGUGGGCACCCAGGUGGAGCUUAAAUGCAUCUUCAGCAACAGCAACCCACCGGUGAAGAUCUCGCAGGUCACCUGGCAGAAGUUCCUCAACGGCACCAAGCAGAACGUGGCCAUCGCCAACCCGGCGCUGGGCGUUUCCGUGCUGCCGCCCUUUAAGGAGCGCGUCACUUUCAAGCAGGCGGCGGUCCGCCAGCGCAUGCCCCUAUUGGAGGACACCACCAUCGUGUUCACCAACCUGCAGCUGUCCGACGAGGCCGCCUACAUCUGCGACAAACAUUCAAUUGCGGAGGCAAGCGAAUCCUCCCUGGAGCAGAUGCCGAGCGAGGGCUCCUCGUAG